CGCGGCCCAGUCAUCUAGUUCCCCGAUUCCAAAGCCGAAUUCAGCGUUAUUUAUGUAAUUUUUAAUUAAAUUAAAUUUGUUUUUUACUCUUUUAACUCUACGUUCGAUUAUAAAUGUCCGUACGAUACGUUCCACUGAUAGUCUCUAGAAGUCCGUUUAGCGAUUAUGUUCCACAAAACUUUAGAUAGUAAGAUUAUGAACCAUACAAUCUUGUGGGGAACAACGGGUACUGAGAUCUACUGUCAUCUAGUAUCCACGAUAACAUCAUACUAAACUAUUAUCAUUAUUAUUGUGAUCAUAAUAUUAUUAAUUUAACAAUUCAUUAUUGAAGUAUACUAUGUUUACAUAUUAGAUAUCCGUGCUAAUUAAUAUUCAUGUUUAACGACUGCAGAUUAAGCAAAAUAAUAAAAACAUUAUUGUUUUUAUUUGUAUCUACUCAUGUGUUUACAUUAUUACUACUUCCAUACAAAUAUUCGGAUGAUACUGCAUCGGCUCCUGGCAGGCUCUAAUGAGUCUGUAUCGGCUCUGGGUAUUUGACCAUUCCUUCAGUUUAGUGGUUGUAUUGUGUCCCAUUUUUGAAUGUAAACCAUAUUAUUAAAAGUUUAGACUAUUUUAAAAGAAAUUUAAUUAAUUCAUGGUGAACAAUUAUUUUGGUUAUUGUAAUGGAUGAUAGUGUUGAAGACAAAAUAAUAUACCAAGUUUAUUUGACACACAUGAAGUUAUUAUCAUCAAAACUGACAUCAGCUAAGAAUAAAGUCAACUCUUACAGCAACAUGUGGAAAUAUAUGCAAUUUUAUUUUACUAAGCCAGAAGUAAUAUUUUUUCUAGCAUUAAUACUCUGUUUACUGUUUUUCUCUGGAAAUUUAUUUAAAAGCACAAAUGGAUUUUUAAAAAAAAUUAAUCGAAGUCUAUCAUUCAUUGGAUUUAAUGAUUUUCAACAAUUAAUGGUUGAUGAGAAAGAUGCACUUAGUAAAAACUGGAAAUUUAAUGGUAAAAAUGUUGCUCUAUAUGCUAUCAAAGGUAGACGAUCGCAAAUGGAAGAUAGAUAUGUUAUUAAAACUAAUAUUAUGAACACUGGUAUAUCAUUAUUUGCUAUUUUUGAUGGACAUGGUGGUGAAUUUGCUGCAGAUUAUGCUACAACACAUUUAAUGAAAAAUCUUACAAAUAAAAUAAUUGAAGUAAAAAAAUUGCUUGAUGAAAAAACUAAUAUAACUGAAGAACUAAAAACAUUUAAUUCAAAUAUAUCUGAUAAUUUAUCUCCUAAAAUGAAAAUGAAAAUUACUAAAGUUGAAGAACAAACAACUCCAAAAAUGAAACCUACUAGUUCUGCAGAUGAUAGUGUUAUUAAUCAAAAUAAUAAAUUUAAACAAGAUUCUUUAAGUUUAAUAAAGGAUAUAACUACAUUAAAAAAUGUUGAUGAGGAAACAAUAAAUCCUUCUUCAUAUUUACAAAGAGAUGGAAAUAUUAAUUUUUCGAAAAUAUUAAUUGAUGAAGUUCUAGCUGCUGAUAAAUUAUUAAUUGAAGCAGCAAAAUUAACUUAUGAUAUUGCAGGCAGCACAGCACUCAUUGUUUUAGUUGAAGGCACUACAUUAUUUGUUGCAAAUGUUGGAGAUUCAAGAGGUGUGAUGUGUGAUAAAAAAGGAAAUGCUAUACCAUUGUCAUUUGAUCAUAAACCUCAACAGAUGCGAGAAAAGAAACGUAUUGCUGAAGCUGGUGGUUUUAUAUCAUUUAAUGGUGUUUGGAGAGUUGCCGGAGUUUUAGCAACUUCUAGAGCACUUGGAGACUAUCCAUUAAAAGAGAAACAAUUUGUUAUAGCGAAUCCAGAUGUUUUAACAUUUGAUUUAUCACAUCAUGAUCCACAAUUUAUAAUUCUAGCAUCAGACGGUUUAUGGGAUACAUUUACAAAUGAAGAAGCCAUUGAGUGUAUUAAAAAACACAUAGAUGAUUCAUAUCACGGAGCCCAAUAUUUAACAAUACAAUCAUAUAAUAGAGGAUCUCUAGAUAACAUUACUGUACUAGUCAUUAAAUUUCCACCUAUAUGGAGUAAAGAAUCACAAGUAGUUGAUCAUGGUGGUAGUAAAUAUUAAUUGUUAAACAUAGUAGUUAAUUUAACAUAAUAGGAACCAUUUUGUAAUUUUUUUACCUCUAAA